AUGACACUGUUCUAUACAGCGACCGCGCCACAAAAGCAACUGUCUAUAUGGAAGUUGCAACCAAGUCGGUAUUUUACGCAGCUAGGCCGGAGCGGAUGGCAGCUGGCACUUCGUUUUGGGAAGCGUACGACAAUUCAUGGAUUAGAUCGACUACUGGCCACGGGCGCCACUCGUUGGGAGCGUUUUAUUUGGCUGUGCACAUUCAUAAGUGCUUUUCUGGGUGCAGUUUAUGUGUGCUUGAUACUCUCAAAGCGCUACAACGAGGGCCACUUUCAAACAGUGGUGGACAGCACUCGCUAUCCCGUUUAUCGAAUACCCUUUCCCGUUAUCACCAUUUGCAAUCGGAACAGCUUGAACUGGCAACGUUUGCCGGAAGCCAAGCGGAUCUUUAUGAACAAGACUACCGAUCCAGCUGAGCUCGCUUUGUUCGAGCAGAUUCUGAGUAGCUACGAUAGCAUUUUUUUCGGCGGUUUUGAGGCCUUUGCGAGACUGCGGAAUCAGCCACUGCAGCAGAUGAGUCAUAUCAACUUUAGUUUAGUCGUCGACUUUAUGACUUGGCGAUGCGAUGAGCUCUUGACAAACUGCGUUUGGCGACACACCAAUUACAAUUGUUGCGAAAUAUUCUCCAAAAGACGCAGCAAGCACGGACUCUGCUGGGCCUUUAAUUCGCUUGAGACGGCUGAGGGGAAACGUAUGCAACUAUUGGAUCCAAUGUGGCCUUGGCAUACAGGGAGUGCAGGACCUAUGAGCGCGCUGACUAUUCGAGUAUUGAUACAUCCAGAGAAACAUUGGCCGGGCAGGAAGAAUGAGAAGGGCAUAAGCGUUAUGGUAACUGAGCCAAACGUGUGGCAUAAGAAUCCAUUUCUAAUACCCGCAUACACUCAAACAAUGUUGGAGUUGGAACCAAUUAUUUAUUUUUAUGACAAUGAUACGCGAGGCGUAAGUUCCGACCAGCGAGAGUGUGUCUUCGAAAACGAGCGACACAGUCGCGAUUUCAAAUCAUUGGAGGGAUACAUCUAUAUGAUUGAAAAUUGUCAAUCCGAGUGCCAUCAAGAAUACUUAGUGCGUUACUGUAAUUGCACGAUGGAUUUGUUCUUUCCGCCGGGCAAAUAUCGCUCAUGCCGCGCCCAGGAUUUGCCCUGCCUAGGCGAACAUAACAACAUCUUUCGCUACUCCCAUCAACCUGGCGAGGAACGGUUUGUGCACAGCUACCACGAUGGCAUGGUUUGCAAGUGCUUUCGCAACUGCUAUUCACUGAACUACAUCUGCGACGUGCGACCCUCCUUUCUACCGCCGGAGGUAUACGGUAAUGUGUCAUAUGUUGAUGUGGAUGCCCAUUACCGCUUCGAGACACUUAUGGUCUAUCGUACCAGUUUGGUGAUUGGUUGGGUCGAUUUGAUCGUUAGCUUUGGCGGAAUCGCCGGCCUUUUUCUAGGCUGUUCGCUCAUUAGCGGCAUGGAACUCGCUUACUUUCUGUGCAUCGAAGUGCCGGCAUUUGCUUUGCAGGGUCUACGACUGAAGUGGCGCGCUAGACGCGUGAACAAUCAAGCAACAAUGUCCCCUUCAAUACCCACACUAAAUAUACAGAGCGACCUGUCUACUCAACUGGAGCAAUACAUCAUGCAAAGGCACACCAAGAAGUUAGGCAAGUCACAACGUCAAAACCUGGCCCAAAAAUUUCACAUUGGCAAAUGA